UGAAAUGAUUAUGUUUCACGGUAUUUUAAAUGUUUGCACUUAUUUACAGUUAUAUUUAUUUAUUUCCCUCAUUAUAUUUGUUAACGUAGCAUCUCCAGGAGCUAAUGACUUACAUUUUAAUGAUGGUGCAUCAAUAGCCGAUGUUAUUGCAGGAGAUGUGUUUUUCGAAAUUAUUGAUCCACCAGAGUUGAGAUAUACAUAUCGUAUAAGACCGGCCAAGGAUUUUGGCGCAACCUUCAAUGAAAGUCUUCAGUUUGAAAAAACUCGUCUAGUCCCCACAUUACCACUGCACAGUUGCGGUGAUAUAUUAAAUAAUGAAGAAGUUUUUGGGCAUAUUGCAUUAUCUGAGAGAGGAGAAUGUUCAUUUGUUUAUAAGACAGCCAAAGCCCAACAGGCUGGAGCUCGUGCCAUAAUAAUUACGGAAUCAGUAGAUAAAUGGGAUGAUACAUUGGAUCAUCUUAUAGAGAUGGUGGAUGACAAGAUGGACUUGGAUGUUAACAUCCCGGCCGCAUUCCUCCUGGGUCGCAGUGGCGCAACAAUACUCAAAACUUUAAAAAAAUUACGUAGAAAUUAUGCUAUUAUUAAUUUACCUGUCAAUAUGACUCAUGUACCUAUAAAUAAAAUGAACCAACCCCCAUGGAUCUCUUGGUAAAACAUAAUUUAAGCUAACAUUGUUAUUGUAUAUUUUGUUACAUAAUUUUGUUU